CCUCUUGCUUCCCUCACCUUCACAACAUUCAAGCCAUUCCCUUUGGAUGGCCCUUGUUUGGCGCCAUGGUGCGUCAAAGGACCUUCUCGAAUGCUUCCUCAGCUGCAUCUUGCCAGGCUGAGAGAAAUCAGGUAUGCAAUUUUCUGGUUAUGCCCCUUACGUCGCACACGGUCCUCUCCCACCUCAAUUGGGAACGAUGCAGUUGUCGCACCAGAAGCUGCUCAUUUUUCAUCAGGACUGACCGGUCGCCUUUUUCCUGUUUUCUCUCUUCAGGAGCUGGAGAGCAUGUAUGAUUAUUUGGCUAAGGUAAUCCUGCUUGGGCCAAGCGGGGCUGGAAAGUCUUGUGUGCUACAUCGCUUCGUGAAAAAUGAAUGGAGAGUGCUGUCCUCGCAAACAAUUGGGGUGGAAUUCUCCUCCCGGGUAGUCAAAUUGGGCACUGGCUCACGACGAACAAGAAUCAAAUUUCAGCUCUGGGAUACGGCUGGAACGGAGAGGUUUCGAUCUGUCUCCAGGUCCUAUUAUCGAGGGGCCGCAGGGGCUAUCCUGAUUUACGAUGUUUCCUCUCAAGCCUCAUUUACAUCUCUUCCGACUUUCCUGAUGGAUGCCCGUGCUCUUGCCUCCCCCAAUCUCACCAUCCUUCUCGCGGGAAAUAAGGCAGAUCUCACCUCUGAUGCCACGCAACAUAACGACGGCUUUGAUGAUAGCUCCCGGCCGCCUCCUACCCCGUCUAGCACCUCCAGCAAGCAUUCUUCCUUUCCUCUUGACUCCACCGGCGGGUCCGUUCGCUCAAUCACGAACUAUGAUUUAGAAACACGUCUGACAGCGACACGUGCUGUUCACGGUCGCGAGGUCAGCACGGAAAGCAUGUCACGCUGGGCCGCCAAAUCCGGUAUCCCAGUAGCCGUCGAAAUCUCAGCAUAUACCGGGGAGGGCGUGGAAGAAUUGUUCAACCGGCUGGCCCGGAUAAUCCUUACGAAGAUAGAGUUAGGGGAGAUUGAUCCGGAUGAUCCACAGAGUGGGAUUCAAUAUGGGGAUGGUGGUUUGUAUGGUCCCAGCGCCAGUGACGGAUCUAGUAUCCGGAGUCGAGCGACACUCGAUGAUGGUUCUGUUCAAUUGCGUCGCCGGUACAAUAGAGCUGGGGCCGAGAACAGCCGAAGAGGUGGCUUCAGUGAAUGGGAAGAUAUCUUCAGGUUGAGCGACUCUCAUCGAAAGAAAAGUAGUCGAUGUUGCUGACCCGGAUUUAUGCUUAAUGCUGCCCGCUACUGCUUUGCUCGGGGGCCGAACACCCGAAAUACCUCGAACUGAAUGUCCCAAUGCCGGCACUGCUGCUGAAUCAUACAUCUCGUUCUUCGUACAUCCUCUUGGGUAUUUGAGAUAAUUAACUUAAUCGCUUGUGUCCCAGUUCUUCGGGCAGGAUUUAUCCUAACUUCGCUCACAACGCCUCUCUUUCUAUUUCCUCAGCAAAGAUACCCCCAUGGAAAUCCCUGAUUGUCUUCUACGAUGUAGUUGACCUAAUGAUCUAAGGUUGUGUGCUCAUACUGUUUUUCUGGCUUUCUUCAGGUUCCAGCCUAGCUCGAUCUCUCGGAGGUUUUUUCUGGGCUAGUAAAAUUAUUCACUGCUGUGCAAAUGGCAGCGCUGUG